ACAUAACACCACAAAACACACAUUCAUCUUCUGCUAGUUGCUUAUAUAAUCUUUCUGAUACUGCUGCACUUCUUCAUUGAUGUCAAGGAUAAUGGAGACCCUGACCCUUGGAAGAGUGGUAGGAGAGGUUGUGGACAUGUUCACCCCAUCUGUGAAAAUGAAUGUAGUUUACAGUAGCUGCAACAAACAAGUAUCUAAUGGCCACGAGAUCAUGCCUUCUGUCAUUGCUGCUAAGCCUCGCGUCGACAUCGGUGGUGAAGAUAUGAGGGCUGCUUAUACAUUGAUUAUGACAGACCCUGAUUACCCAAGCCCCAGUGAUCCAUGCUUGAGAGAACAUCUCCACUGGAUGGUGACAGACAUUCCUGGUACCACUGAUGUCUCCUUUGGAAGAGAAGUUGUGGAGUAUGAAACUCCAAAGCCGGUGGUGGGGAUUCACCGGUACGUGUUUCUGUUGUUCCAGCAGACUAGAGGAAGGCAGACGGUGAGAGUUCCGGCUUCGCGGGACAACUUCAACACAAGAAAGUUUUCACAAGAGAAUAGUCUUGGCCUGCCUGUGGCUGCUGUCUACUUCAAUGCACAAAGAGAAACUGCAGCCAGAAGAAGAUGAUGAGUAAUUGACUAGCUCAGACCACAUCAAUAAGGGAAAACGUACUAAUUAAAUUCCAAUAACAACAUAUUGAUCGGAGCUCAGGGGUUCCGCUUGGGAAAUUUUUUUUCCUUCCAGUACUAUCGUAACUUACGUAGGUAACUUUUUGUGUGUUUUUUUUAGCAGCUAGGGUUUCAGUCUAUGUACGUUUGUCCAGUAUCGUUGAUUUGUAUUUUGUUCUUUUGCUCUGAGCUUUUUUGGCUCUUGUU